GACUCAACAGUGGCAUCUUCAUGAGUUAUUUAAUGGUGCUGCCCAGCUUUACCAUUUCUAUAACUUUCUUUCUCUGUAAAAGCUUGCUCUCAAGGCAAUUCCACAAAAAUGGCAAUGGAGAUGUGGUCGAAUCUCGGGACGCUCACGGCAACCAUAUUUUUCUUGGCAACAAUGGCCAGGAAAUACCUCCCUCGUGAACUCUACGAAAAUUUCAGAGAACCACUGCGCAGGAUUGCCCGAUUUCUGUCCCCAUACAUAAUUUUGGUGAUUGAGGAGAACGAAGGCAUCAGGAUCAGCGAUCUUUACGAAUCAGUGCAGAUUUAUUUGAGCACGCUAUCCUCUUCCGCCGCCGCCAGAUUGAAGCUCAGCAAACCCCAAAAGGCCACGGCUUUUACCUUCACCAUGGACAAGGGCCAACAAAUCAUGGACGAAUUUCAGGGCUUCAAUGCUUGGUGGACUCUCCGUAGCAGAGAAUGCAAGCCGCCUCUCUUCUCCAGGUAUAACGCCUCUGACGAAAAGCGCCACUUUGAGCUCAAAUUCCACAAGAAGAACAAAGCCAGGGUUUUUGAAACCUAUCUUCCGCAUGUAAUUGCGGAGGCCAAAAUCUUGGAGUUGAAAAACCGGCAGCGGAAGAUUUACACCAACAAAGGGGGUAAAUCGCACUCGUACGAGGACAGAAACCGCGUUUGGACGCCGAUGGUUUUCGAACACCCUGCAACUUUUGAAACCCUAGCUCUUGACCCAGAGGUAAAGGAUGACAUAAUGGAGGACUGCAGAAAGUUUUCUCAGAGGGAAAGUUAUUAUAAGAAGGUCGGCCGUGCGUGGAAAAGGGGUUAUUUGCUCUACGGCCCGCCCGGCACCGGAAAAUCUAGCAUGAUCGCUGCCAUUUCGAAUUUCCUGGAGUAUGAUAUUUAUGACCUGGAAUUAACCGAGGUCAAGAGCAACACCGAGCUAAGAAAGCUUUUGAUCGGGACGACAAAUAAGUCUAUUAUUGUGAUUGAGGACAUCGACUGCUCACUGGAUUUGUCCGACCGGAAAAAGAAGGCGAAGAAAAAGAGCAAGGAAGAGCAAAACCCUAAGAAAGAGGAGAACGACAAUGACGAUAGCAGGGUUACUUUGUCUGGGGUUUUGAAUUUUACAGACGGUUUGUGGUCGUGCUGUGGCAGUGAAAAGAUUAUUAUUUUUACCACGAAUCAUGUUGAUCGGCUGGACCCUGCACUUCUUCGAUCGGGCCGCAUGGAUAAGCAUAUUCAUUUGUCUUUCUGCACUUUUUCUGCGUUUAAAGUUCUUGCUCGAAAUUAUCUUGGGGUGGAAAAUCAUCCUCUGUUUGAAAAGGUUGAGGUUUUGAUGAAGAAGGCGGAGAUCACGCCGGCGGAUGUGACUGAGGAAUUGAUGAGGGUGAGUGACGAUCCCACCGCUGCUCUUGAAAAGUUGAUCGAGACUUUGCAACGGGCUUUGGAAACUGCUGCCGUGAAAAAUGAGGUUUCACCGGAGAAUGAAAGUGUAGAAGACACUUUAGUUGCAGAGGGAUCUCCUCCAGUCGCUGUCAUAGGUGAAGGUUCCAGUUUAAAUUGAAAAGUUUCAGCAGAAUAGGAAUAUGCUUGAACUCAAUAGGAAUAUGCUUGAACUCAAUGUCGUUUUUUUUUUCUAGUAAACAAGUAAACGUAACUUGUUAUAUUUGUUAAUUUCUUUUUUCCAAAUCUAGAAAGAGUAGAAGACAAUUUAGUUGCAGAGUAUUUUCUCCGGUCGUUGGUAUAAGUGAAGAUUCAAGUUUAAAUUGAAAAGUUCUAGAAAACUCAAUGUCUUCCAUUUUUGUUCUUGAUAUACUGUGUG